AUGAUAGAUGACUGCGGUUUGGUGGAUUUCCCGAGUCACGGAAACACAUUAUCUUGGCGAGGGAGACGAUGGGGAAAAAUAGUUAGAUGUCGGUUAGAUCGGGCUUUGGCUACAGAGGACUGGCACAAUAUCUUCCCGAAGUCACAUGUGGAAUAUUUGAAAAUGGUGGGUUCCGAUCACAGGCCGAUUCUAGCUACUAUCGACGAUAAGAUCCCGAAAGGGCGAUGUAAAUUUCGGUUUGCAAAAGAUGGAUCGGGCAAGACGGCUUCUCUGCAGCGAUUGAACGGGGAUGGACGGAUAAACGACAUAACCGGGAACUCAAAGGUCCAAAAUGACGAUCGUAGGACUCAAGAGGAACUAGUGGAGAUCACACAGAAGUUGAAGGAAGCCUAUCGAAAUGAAGAACAAUAUUGGAAGCAAAAAAGUAGAAAUUUAUGGCUUAAAGACGGAGAUUUGAACACUAAGUUUUACCAUGCAACCACAAAGCAAAGGAGAGCCAUAAACAGACUAGUCGGAUUACACAACAAAUCCGACGUUUGGGUGUCAGGAGAUAAAGAAAUAGAGAAGGUGGCAGUGGACUAUUUUACGGAGUUAUUUAUGACUACUUCACCAGAUAAUUUCACGGAGGCUCUGGAAGGAAUCACGGGUUUAAUUACGGAAGCGGAUAACACAUUACUAACCAGCCCAGCGACGGAGGAGGAAGUACGCUUGGCUCUAUUUCUGAUGAAUCCGGAGAAAGCGCCAGGACCGGAUGGGAUGAUGGCUCUGUUUUUCCAACGAUCCUGGCCACUGAUCAAAACGGAUAUGGUGGGGUUCAUAAAUGAUUUUUUAACAUCGGACAAGUUUGACGAAAGGUUAAAUAGGACGAAUAUAUGCUUAAUUCCGAAAACGGAACGACCAACCAGGAUGACGGAAUUGCGGCCAAUUAGUUUAUGUAAUGUGGGCUAUAAGAUAGUCUCUAAGGUUUUGUGUCAACGUUUGAAGAAGGUGCUACCUCAAUUGAUAUCUGAAACUCAGUCAGCCUUCGUACCGGGGAGACUCAUUUCGGAUAAUAUACUGAUAGCGCAAGAGAUGUUUCAUGGGUUACGAACAAAUAAGUCUUGUAAAGGAAAAUACAUGGCGGUUAAGACGGAUAUGAGUAAAGCCUACAUAUCGGGUCGAAUGGAAUUUUGUGGAGGCAACAAUGCGGAAAAUGGGGUUCUCGGAACAAUGGAUCAGAUGGAUAAUGAGAUGCAUUAA